AUGGCUCUCAUAUCCCUCCUCACACUUUCGAUACCUCCAUUGGCCCUUUCGAUUUUGAUAUACAACAUCAUCGUCAUCAUCUACCGUCUCUAUUUUUCACCUUUGGCUAAGUUCCCCGGCUCCAAGCUUGCCGCCGCAACGGGCUGGUAUGAGUUUUAUUUCGACUACUGGAAGGAUGGGAAGUACAUUUUUGAGAUCGAGCGGAUGCACCAAGUAUACGGCCCAAUCAUCCGCGUCAACCCAGACGAGCUCUCCAUCCACGACCCAGACUUCUACAACGAGAUCUACGUAACAGAAAGCAAGCGCCGGACAAACCACUACGAUGUAUUCUGCAAGGGAAUCGAUUUUGACGGCUCUCACCUCCUAACAGCAGACCACACCCUCCACCGCAAACGCCGCAAACCGCUCGAACCCUUCUUCUCACGCGUGAGCAUCCAGGCUCUGCAGCCUAUGCUUGCAGAGGUAACGCGCAAAUUUGAACAGCGUCUGUGCGCUCUCGCAGGAACGGGGGAGAUCGUGAGGCUUGACCACGCCUGUGCUGCGUUUUCGGGUGAUAUUAUCGCGAAGAUAUGUCUGGAUGAUGCGGCGGAGGGGGGGAGGUUCUUGGAUCAUCCCGAGUUUGCGCCUUACUGGUAUAAUCUGAUUCAUAUGCUUGUGAGAUCGAUUCCGCUCUUUACGGGGCUGCCGAGUCUUGUGAGAAUCGUGAGCUAUAUCCCUGAACGGUAUCUGCUCUGGUUCUUUCCUCAGGGCCAAGUCUUUAACGAAUUCAAGAGAGUCGCCCGAGAAAAUAUCGAUCGAAUCUUCAACAACAGCAAUACAGGCAAAAUCAACACCAACACCACAACCUCCCUUUUCCACCAUGUAGCCCAGAGUGACAUGCCCAAAUCAGAGCGGUCUCCCGAGCGUCUCGCAAAGGAAGCCCAAGUGCUCCUCGGUGGCGGAACAGCAAGCACAGCACGCACAAUCGGGUUCGCCUCAUUCUACAUCCUCGAUCGUCCGCGGGUUAGAGCGAGACUUCGCGAUGAGCUUAGAGAAGUUAUGGCGGACUGGCCGAGACGAGUGCCGAGCUGGGUAGAGCUUGAGAAGGUACCUUAUCUGCAGGCUAUUUUUAAAGAAUCGCUGCGACUGAGUUACGGUGUCAUGCAUCGAUUGCCGAGGAUUUCGCCGGACUUGGAGAUUCAGUAUGGAGAGUUUACCAUUCCACCAGGUACCCCAGUCGGCAUGUCCGCAUACCUCAUGCACUCUGAUCCAAAAGUUUACCCCGAACCUAAUCAAUUCAUCCCCGAACGCUGGCUCGGCGCUUUUAAUCCAGCUAUGAACCGGAAUUAUGUCCCCUUUUGUCGCGGAUCGCGGAAUUGUCUAGGGAUGAAUCUAGCAAUGGCAGAGUUAAGUCUCUGUUUAGCCGUUCUACAUAGACCCGGAGGCCCCGAACUGGAGCUGUUUGAAACGGACGAAAGUGAUGUGGAGCAUGUGCACGAUUUCCUUAUUCCAUUGCCAAAGGUUGAUACGAAGGGAGUUAGGGUUUUGGUUCGCUAA